AUGAAACUGCCCCGAACCCUGCGUGAGUAUCGCGAGCAGCAGACCAACCGGGAGAACUUGCCUCUUCGGGAUUUCUUGCCACCGGUGAUUCACAAGCAACACAAGUGGUGCAAGGUACUUGCUCAUGAUUUUUUUGGUUGCGAUAAAUUAUGAAAUUGUUGUUCGUAUGGAUAGGAUGGAAAACGCGAUCGCGUCAUUCCAUCAGACAGAACCUCAUACAUGAUUGAUUCUUCCCAGGCGCACAACCGUGGUCGGCGGUCCGGACAGAAAGAGCGCGGCGCACGCGAUCGGAGAGCGGUCAAUUACCUCGUGAAAAAGUACUUCACGACGCCAUUGUGGAUCCACUGCAUCGCAGACGAGAUGGGCUACGACUUUGAGACGCUAAUGCGGCUGGAGCAGAAGUAGAAUAGUUUUUCUUAACACGUUGGCGUCAUCAGCGUUUUUUACCGGUUUUGGAUUCAUUUUGGAAUUUCCGUUUCGGGCAUAGUGGUGGUGUAUCUCCACUUCUUGAAAACAACUACAAAUAGUUGCAUCUUUGUUCUUGCAUGGUUUUUUCCAAAACACGACCAGAGUCGACCAGAACAAGGGCAUUUUGCAGCGGACCGAGCGCAAUGUGGUGGGCAUUGGGAGCGGGUUCUCGUGCAGUGACAAUGAGUUCCAGAUGGACCGUCACCACAACCGCGGGAGGCGAAAUUCCCGAGUCGCAAACAACCAGCGCAGCCGCAAUUACAGUGGCGGGCGUUCCCAGGUGCUGAC